AGGAAUGGCAGCAGCACCCAGCUGACACUGCCAGGGAGGCAGUCCCUUCUAGUAAUGAGCUGCUAUGGCACAAGGGUUAUUUUAUUAACCGGUCUGGACAGCUGGGGAAAGACCAGUCCUUGCAGGAUCCCAGCUAUAUGAAGAUCUAAAGACAGACAUUCUUCAAACAGUAACCAAUCCUAUUGCAUAAAUGAGAACUUAAAUUACAUUUCACCUUCCUAUGUAUCAUCAAGCAACAAUGUCUUUACUGGAAACCAUGCUUACAAUGACAGAUCAAACCUUUCUAAUGUAAGGAAUCAUGGAAAGUCAGAACCCUUUAAAAGCCAGUUAGAGGGUAUUUUGUCUUCUGGCCGAAACUCAUCUAAUAGGCGUCAGUCCGUUAGCUUGCAGUCAAAUGUUAUAAGGAAUUUAGAUGAUACUUAUAUGCAGACGUCACCAGAAUAUGAAAUUGCAGACAAUGAAGACAAUAUAUAUAAUACUUCUCUGAUUGAUGAGCAGCAAUAUGAUGAUUGUAUGAGUGAUACGAGUUAUCUGUAUACUGGGUCCUUUGAGAACAUGCAGAGAGACGUCUCCACAAGUUCCUGCAGUGAGGACACACAUCCGAUAGAAAGCAGUCUAUAUGAAAAUAUCCCCCCUAUUAAAGAACCUAUGUACGAUGAAGUAGAGAGUUAUGGAAGAAUUGUUCAACCCGCUGUUGAAGAGCUACUUUCCACAGAAUUAUCUUAUGUUAAAUCUCUGCGUUUUCUCACUUUCUCAGUGCGGUCAAAACUGGAGGAGAUCCCUGAUAUUGAUGUAAGAAGUCUAUUCUCCAAUCUGGAUGAGAUCCUUUUGGUCCACGAAUCAUUUCUACAGGGACUAAAACAGGCAGAACAUGACCCAGAGCAUCAGCUUAUUCUUAUUGGAAAUGCCUUUCAGGAAUUCAGCAAAGAUAUGGAAAGUGUGUAUACUGUAUAUUGUUCUACAUAUACCAGAUCCACAUCACUGCUAAAACACUACCAAGACAUACAUGUAGCUGAACUAAUCAAGGAGGCAAUUCAAUCACUCUCGAGUGAGUCAUCAUCACAAUACACCGAUCUCAGCUUCUACCUUGUCACUCCUGUGCAACGUAUCACCAAGUAUCCAUUGCUACUUCAGAAUAUCUUGAGCAUAGACACAAAUACCAAAGACACACAAGAGGCAUUGCAGGGAGCCCUCAACACCAUGAAGGAGGUGAAUAUCAACAUCAACGAAAACAAGAGACGCAAAGAAGUUGCAAGCAAGUACCUGCAAUUAGACCAGCGGACUCUAAAAGAAAAGAUGUCAACUCUGAGCACACACACCCUGACUAAGAAAUCUAGACGUUUAAGUCUGUUCCUCAAACAACAGGCUGGCAUGGUGCCAAAGAGAGAAGACAAGGAGUUUGACAAUCUGUCUGAUAAGUUUCAUAGACUGGCAGCUGUGGUUAGCCAAAUGGAAGAAAAUGUUGUGUCCUAUGUGAAGAAUGUGGAGGAAUAUUUUCUUAUCCAGCCUGAGACAUAUCCCCUGGAGUACCUGCAAGGAUCAGUCCAUCCAUUGAAUGGCUACACAAUAGAACUCUGCAACAGCAUCUACUCAGCAUUUAAAAGAAAACUGCAAAUGAUGGUCCUGCAGCCUCUUACUAACCUAUCCGAGUGUUUAAGGGGACCCAAGAACUUGAUCCGGAAGAGAUUGGACAAACUUUUAGACUAUGAGAACCUGGAGGAGAGGUACAGUGAAACUGGAAGGAUGACGUGGGAAGAAGAGGACAUUGUAAACAACUACAAGGCCAUCCAUUCCAUGCUACUAUCAGAGCUACCUAACUGCAUUUUGCUGUCCUAUCAGUUGCUUCACAAUAUUUUCCUCAGUUUCAUUGCUGUGCAGAAAGAUUUGGCUGCUCAAGCAUGUUUUGCAGCAGAAGAACAUGCUUCGCAGAUGCAGUGCCGUACAGUUCCAGAGGCCAAUUUUAGGAGAUGGGUUGAAAACUACAUUUCCAAUUCAACAUCACUGCUCAAUGAAUUCACAAAGAAAUUUGAUGAAGAAUUACCAGUCCCAGUACCACGAGAGCAUAUUCCAGCCAUUGAACAGCAAAUCCAGCAGCUAUUGAAACGAUACAGUCCAGAAAAGCUCUACCAGUUGAUGAGCGCUGUGAAGGGCACCCGUGAAAUGGAACUCACACUCCGUCAUGGUGAGGUGGUGGCUGUCAUCCAGCAUGGAGACACCAAGGGAAAUAAAAACAGAUGGCUUGUUGACACCGGAGGACUGAGGGGAUAUGUUCCCUGCAGCAAACUGCAGCCAUACCAAGAAACACACCGUCCAACACUUUCACAAAGUCCAACACAUACUCAAAGUUCCCCAGAGGCUAUGAAGACUGCAAAGAAACGUUCUGUAACUGCCCCGGUGUGCCCAUAUCCAAUCUCACAGCCCCAGGAAAUCAAUGCAGCCUUCCAGAUUGUUGCAGGGUAUUCAUUUACAGCUCGCAGCCAGUAUGAGGUCAGUAUUAAAGAAGGGGAGCCAGUGAUUGUUCUGGAACCACAUGACAAGAACGGAAGUCCGGAGUGGAGCUUGGUGGAAGUGAGAGGACAAAGGGGCUACGUGCCUUCCAGCUACCUAGUGAAAAUACCUGUGAAAUGACCCUCCUGGGUUACAUAAUUUGGAUAGUCCACACAGUACCUAUAGAAAUCCUUGGAAAUGUGAUUAGAGCACAUAUAUAUAUAUAUAUAUAUAUAUAUAUACAUGCAGUUGGUUUCAUUCAAUGUGAAAUAACAGCAUUUACAACAUAUAAAUGCCGUAACCAAACAAUAUAAUUCUGUCCAUGCUCUGCUUUAUAAUAAUCUUCCUCAUGAAAUAGACUCCAUGUAAUGUCAACACUUGCAAGCACUUUUAGCAUGAGUUGUAAAUAGUUGGACUUUUUGAAAUGCAUUCUCUACGCAUUGUCUUAUCUUAAGAACCCAAAUGAAUUUUCGAUUUAAAUUUUAAUA